GAUAUAUUCCGCAAUCAACAUCGACUCAUACGCUUCAUUGAGCAAUCCAUACGUUUGUGCAGUAAUCAGUCACUGAAAACUUUACAAAAGCAAGCUAAACAGAAAGCAGAACCUGAAUUUGAGAUCACCGCUUCCAUUUCCGCCCAAUAUACCGUUGCCCCUGAACCUAUCAAGCAUGAUAAAGAUGUUGGCCAACAAUUCGCGGCCGCACAAUUAUCUGUGCGUUUGGCAUCGCCGCAGCAGCUGCAACCGAAACCGGACAGCGAUGAGAUGCUAGGCUUUGGCAGAGUAUUCACAGAUCAUAUGUUGAAAAUCUACUAUCAUCGGAGUUUGGGUGGCUGGCAGCGACCUGAAAUUACACCACUCGAAAAUCUUGUGGUGCAUCCCGCGGCAAAGGUGUUACACUACGCUGUUGAGCUCUUCGAAGGCAUGAAAGCGUAUCGAGGUGUUGAUGGCAAAAUCCGUAUUUUCCGGCCCAACAUGAACAUGAAUCGCAUGAAUGUUGCCGCCAAUCGUUCCGGUCUACCCACAUUCGAAGGUGAAGAAUUCAUCAAAUGUCUUUCCCGCCUCAUAUCAAUCGACUCUGAAUGGGUGCCACAUACCGAAGCUGCCAGUUUAUAUAUCCGCCCCACACUGAUCGGUAUCGAUCCGAUGCUUGGUGUCGCCUCCUCAGAUUCUGCCCUGCUCUACACAAUCCUCAGCCCUGUGGGUAGUUACUUCAAAGCCGAUAACGAUGGUGCAGUCUCACUGCUCGCGGAUCCACGCUACACAAGAGCGUGGCCCGGCGGCGUGGGUAAUCGUAAAAUGGGAUCCAACUACGCACCUACGAUCUAUGUACAAAAAGAGGCUGCCCAAAAGGGACUCCAACAAGUAUUGUGGUUGUAUGGCGAAGAUCAUCAACUAACCGAAGUUGGCACAAUGAACAUAUUCAUGUUCUACGCCAAUGAAAAAGGAGAAAAAAUACUAGUCACACCCCCACUCAAUGGUCUAAUCCUGCCCGGUAUUACCAGAGACUCGAUCCUAGCGCUAGCCAAACAAUGGGGCAAAUUUGAAGCACGCGAGGAAGUGAUUACCAUGUCACAAGUCUGCGAGCUGCUUAAUCAAGGAAGACUAUUGGAAAUGUUUGGCACUGGUACCGCCUGUGUUGUUAGCCCCAUCAACCGAAUUAACUACAUGGGUACGGAUUUGUACAUUCCCACUAUGGAACAGGAGAAACCCAUUCAUGAAACGAUACGUAACACACUAACGGGCAUUCAGUAUGGCAAAAUAGAGCAUCCGUGGGCGGUGACCAUAGAAUAACUAAGUAUGCAUUCGGGCGCAUGGCAAAUACAGUGCAGCACCACCAUAAUUUUUCAACUGAAGUUGAGAGAUUCUUGGCAAAGGAAUCUGUAUUAAUAGUUUUUGUGUUUUUUUUUUGGUCAUGAAUAGCUUCACUUGCUACAUAUGACUACUUACUAAAUACUUAUGAAGCUUAUGGUAUGGACUUUGUAAUGGUUACUAUGUAUUCUACUUGGGAUAUGGAAAACUCGAAUUUGAAAAAGUUUUCUAACCAAAUAUUAUAUUUGUGUUUAGGACUUUUCGCACACCAGAGUCAAAUGCUCUUAAGUACUAUGUAUGUUAAGGUGGUUCUUAAAAUAUCAACAUCUAAAUUUUGCUCUAGAUAGAAAUUGAAGACAUCCACGA